AUGUGGCCAGUUGUUAUGUUAUUAUUUGGUGGAGGAAUAUUAUUUGCAAAGAAAGGAAUUAAAUAUGUCAAAAAUCAAAAAAUAAUUUUACAUAAUAAAAAAUUUUUUUUUCCUUCAAGUUUUAACGCUAAUUUAAAUAUUUUUUUAAAAAAUGAUUUAAAAGGAUUUGAAAGAAAUAUGUCAAAAUCAGAAGCUUACAAAAUUUUAAAUAUAAACCCAACAACAAAUAAAGAAAAAAUAAGAGAAGUUCAUAAACAGUUAAUGUUAAAAAAUCACCCAGAUAAUGGAGGAUCAACAUAUAUAGCAGCAAAAGUUAAUGAAGCUAAAGAUGUUUUACUAAAAUAG